GUUUCGGCUUCUUAAAUAUAAAGGGAGACGAUAUGUUUAAGAAAUUUUUGAACCUGGAUGGUUAUUCCCUCACAUUUGUGGUGGACACGACCGGCAGCAUGUCAGACGACAUCAAUCAAGUCAAAACCAAAUGCAUCGAACUCCUCCGAACAUAUUCUGGCUCUCCGGAUGCACCUUUUAAUUACAUUCUUGUGCCCUUUAAUGACCCCAAUGUUGGACCCAUCACCAAGACCCAAAGUGUGGACGAAUUGGAAUCUGCAAUCUCUCGCCUGACUGCUACUGGGGGUGGCGACUGCCCAGAAAUGUCCAUGUCUGGCUUGAAACUGGCUUUGCAACAGAGCAUGCCAAG